CUCAGUUUUGCAGGCCGCUGGGGCGGUUAGGUCUUUCACCUUUAAGUCUAACGUACUGGAGCGGGUGGAGACCACCUUUAAAUUCGUUAUGGCCGGGACAGUAACUCUCAAACUUGGCUAGGGCUGAAGAAUUUCUCAGGGGUGGGGGCGGGAAUGUUAACAAUUCGGAUUUCCAAGCGAACCCCGAAACUCACGCACUGGAUCUCGCUUGGCUAGAGUACUUGUAUCUUAGCAAGCUUUCCGGGAAUUGUAACCCAGGUAGCCUGCCGGUCACAACAGUUUUAGGACUUCUUACAAAUUGAUUUAGCAAACCUAUUCCGCCCACCCAUGGCCAACCCCGAGAAACCUAGGGUGUCCGGGCUCGCGGGAGCGGCUCCGCCUCUCGUCUUGAAUUGGCCGCGCGCUGGUCCCGUCAUGAGAUAAAUCUUCCUUUCUGGUUGGCCGGCGGGGAAUCUGGGGAAAUAUUACCCAAUGGGCGUUAUAGUUCUCAGAACAUGACCUGGAAAUUGGUCUCAGGCAGGCGUCUUUGGCUGUGGAUACUUAACUCACGCGCUAAAACUUCCGGCGUGGGAGUUGAGCGUUGAGUUCUGUGUGAGUCCGCGACACAGCGAAAAGCGUGGUGCUCAAGUCCUUCCCUAGGGAGGUCCUGGGGAGGGCUGGGCAGGGGGCUGGCGCAGUGGCCCUGGGCACCUACUGAGGCCAAGGCUUCGGAAGCGGCUGCGAUCCGGCUGGAGCUGGCUCUUUGGCCCAGACUUGAAGCCCAGGGUCCUCCGGCUCCUGCGGACACCGGCCAUCCCUGCGUGAAGCGGGGGCUCCUUUCCAGGAGGGCGCAGCUGGUUUCCCGGGUAAGGCACUUUGAGUGCAUGACAAUGGCGUCGUGCUUGGGCUCCCAGGAUCAGGAAGGGCUCCUGAUAGUGAAAUUGGAGGAGGACUGCGCCUGGAGCCAGGAACUGCUGCCACCGGACCCAAGGCCCAGCCCGGAGGCCUCCCACCUGCGCUUUAGACGGUUUCGCUUCCAAGAGGCUGCUGGGCCCCGGGAAGCCCUCAGUCGUCUCCAAGAGCUUUGCCAUGGGUGGCUGCGGCCUGAGAUGCUCACCAAGGAGCAGAUCUUAGAGCAACUGGUGCUGGAACAGUUUCUAAUCAUCCUGCCUCAGGAGAUUCAGAGCAGAGUGCAGGAGCUGCAUCCGGAGAGCGGCGAGGAAGCGGUAACCCUUGUGGAAGAUAUGCAGAGAGAGCUUGGGAAAUUGAAGCAACAGGUCACAAACCAUGGGCUGGGAACAGAAGUGCUUUCGGAGGAGCCUUUGUCUCUGGAAACAGAACGAAAGUCACCGAGCUUCAAGCUGGAGCCAAUGGAGACUGAGCGAAGCCCUGGGCCCAGGCUGCAGGAGCUGCUAGGCCCCAGCCCUAAAAGGGACCCACAGGCUAUAAAGGAGAGGGAAUCUCAGGUUUCCAAUCAGAAGGCCCUCAGCACUCAGGUGGAACAAGGAAGAAAACCAUGGGAUUCCAGUGUCCAGACAUGCAAGGAGGGACUGAACCCCAGAAGCCCCGUUUCAGGGGAAGAGAAAUUUGAGAUUCAGGAAGAAAGUACUCAGUCUAUUUCCCCUGAGAGCAUCCAUCUGCAGGUGCUUCUGCCUGGCCAGGCCAGAGGGGAGGUGCCCUGGAGUCCUGAGCAGGGACGGCCUGGGGACAGGGCAGAAGGACAUUGGGAACCUCCCCCAGGUGAUCAGAUGGAGCAGUCCUUAGUGGGGGCCACAAGUUGCAGAGAAGUGGGACAACCAAAGGAACUGCAGCGGAAGAAGCUCCACUUGUGUCCCUUAUGUGGCAAAAAUUUCUCUAACAACUCAAAUCUUAUUAGGCACCAGAGAAUACAUGCAGCAGAGAGGCUGUGUAUGGGUGUGGAGUGCAGUGAAAUCUUUGGUGGGAGCCCCCACUUUUUAUCACUACACAGAGCACACUUGGGAGAGGAGGCCCAUAAGUGCCUCGAAUGUGGAAAAAGCUUCAGCCAGAAUACCCACCUGACUCGCCAUCAGCGCACCCACACAGGCGAGAAGCCCUAUCAAUGUAAUGUAUGUGGAAAAAGCUUCUCUUGCAACUCCAACCUCCACAGACACCAGAGAACACAUACUGGUGAAAAGCCCUAUAAGUGCCCUGAGUGUGGGGAGAUCUUUGCUCACAGUUCCAAUCUCCUUAGGCACCAGAGAAUACACACGGGAGAGAGACCCUAUAAGUGUGCUGAGUGUGGAAAAAGUUUUUCUCGCAGUUCCCACCUUGUCAUACAUGAAAGAACUCAUGAGAAAGAGAGGCUUUACCCCUUCUCCGAGUGUGGGGAAGCAAUGAAUGACAGCGGCCCCUUUCUUACAAAUCAUGGAACCCACAAGGCAGAGAAGAAACUCUUUGAAUGUUUGACUUGUGGGAAAAGCUUCCGUCAGGGCAUGCAUCUCACCAGACAUCACCGAACGCACACAGGAGAGAAACCAUAUAAAUGUACCCUUUGUGGAGAAAACUUUUCUCAUAGAUCCAACUUAAUCAGGCACCAGAGAAUUCACACGGGAGAGAAACCCUAUACCUGUCAUGAAUGUGGAGACAGUUUCUCUCACAGCUCCAAUCGGAUUCGUCAUCUAAGAACCCAUACAGGAGAGAGACCCUAUAAAUGUUCUGAAUGUGGAGAAAGCUUUUCCCGGAGUUCACGCCUUAUGAAACCACGCCGCAGGAUGGCGAAAUCCACAGACAGAACCGUACGCCGAGCCUUCUAUGCUUUGCGGCAGGAGACUGGCAUUAACUCUUCUAGGCACCAGGGCGAAUCCGGCAGGAAGCUGGUUCCUUCCGCUGAGCUAGAAGCUGCAGCACUUUCAAACACAGUUGGGGAGCAGAGCCACCCGGAAGUGCUCUACUUCCGCUUCCUGUGGGAUCGAUGCGGAUACCCGGAGAGCUGUCGGCCGCUGCUCUGGGCCGUUGCAAGGUGGUUGGAGGCGAGACGGCCAUAUCUCGUGGCUGAGCUGCCGGACCCUGCAGCAGACUGUCUUGGGCGAGGGCGGCUGUCAGUUGUCAAAGGUGGGCCCAACAUAGGAACAACUGUUCUGGGCAGAAUGAUGACAGUAGAUCUGAAGGUGACUGAGUAUUUGAACUCUCACAUCAGGGCUCUGUGGGAGACCAAGGGGCCUGUAACAGAGGGCUCCACUCAGAAUAAGAAGUAUACCACACAAAUGGACAGUCUCAGUCCCGAGAGCUCUCGCCAACACUUCCGGAGUUUCCACUAUCAUGAAGCAGCAGGACCCCGUGUGGCUGUUGGUCAACUUCAGGAAUUAUGCCGUCAGUGGCUAAGGCCAGACAUACACUCAAAAGAACAAAUCUUGGAUCUGCUGGUGCUAGAGCAGUUCCUGACCAUUCUGCCCAGGGACACCCAGACCCGGAUAAAGAAGCACCACCUACAGAGCACUGAGGAAGCUGUGGCCUUGGUAGACCACUUGCAAAAUGAAUCUGGUCAAACAAGGAAUGGGGUUGCAGUCCAUGUGCUGGGAAAGGAGGCAGUACUCCUGGGAGAAACAGCAGAGACCUCAGGCUUCGAAGUGAAGCCAGCAGAGGCCCAGCCAGCAGGCAGGUCCCAGGAUGAAGAAAUUUGGAGUGCAUAUCAGGAUCUACAACAGCUGAGCAGGAGUACUCAUAAAGAAACUGAGCCUGUGUGUGAGAGGGCUGUACCUGCUCAUCAAAUCCUAGAUUUUCCUGAGCAGUUAAAGAACAAACAUUGGACAGUGGCACCUGAGCUCAUCUUACCUGAGGCCCAGAGCUUAUUGACAUUUGAAGAAGUGGCUGUAUAUUUUUCACGGGAAGAAUGGGAGUUACUGGAUCUCAGUCAGAAGGCUCUCUACAGUGAUGUAAUGCAGGAAAACUAUGAAACUGUCAUCUCUCUAGCUAUGCCUGCUCACCAGUGUCUAACCUUUCCUGAGCAGACAAACACCAAAGAUUGGACAGUGGCGUCUGAGCUCUUCUUGCCUGAGUCCCAGACCUUAUUGACACUUGAAGAAGUGGCCUUGUAUUUUUCACGGGAAGAAUGGGAGUUACUGGAUCCCGGUCAGAAGGCCCUAUACAAUGACGUAAUGCAUGAAAACUAUGAAACUGUCAUCUCUCUAGCCUUAUUUGUGCUCCCCAAACCUAAAGUGAUCUCCUGUCUAGAACAAGGGAAAGAGCCAUGGGUCCAAGGAUCCACGGAGUUCAUGGACAGUCCUGGAGAGCUGCCUAUAGGGUUAAAGCUCAAAAAUGACACUGAAAGUCAUCAGCCUAUAUCUCUUUCUGGCUUAGAAAUAGAAGCACCCAGAGACAUAAUAUCAAAAAAGACCAGAGUGAAAGUUCCCCAGAAAACAACAGUCAAAGAAAAUCAUGGUGAAAUGCACAGAGUGGGCAAAUGGCAUCAAGAUUUAACAGUAAAGAAAAAAAAGAAGCUUUCAACCUGGAAACAAGAGCUGCUGAAACUUAUGGAUCGUCACAAGAAAGAACGUGCAGCAGAGAAGCCUUUUAAAUGUCAGGAAUGUGGGAAAAGCUUCAGAGUUAGCUCUGACCUUAUUAAGCACCAAAGAAUUCACACUGAAGAGAAACCGUAUAAAUGCCCACAGUGUGAUAAGAGGUUUAGGUGGAGUUCAGAUCGUAAUAAGCACUUAACAACACACCAAGGAAUAAAGCCAUAUAAAUGCUCAUGGUGUGGGAAAAGCUUCAGUCAAAAUACAAAUCUCCACACACACCAAAGAACUCACACUGGAGAGAAGCCCUUUACAUGUCAUGAAUGUGGAAAAAAAUUUAGUCAGAAUUCUCAUCUUAUUAAACAUCGGAGAACCCACACAGGUGAGCAGCCUUAUUCCUGUAAUAUAUGCAGAAGAAACUUCAGCAGGCGGUCAAGCCUUCUUAGGCACCAGAAACUCCACCAGUGAAGGGGGAAGCUUGUCCAGUGUCAUCAGUCUGAACAAAUUCACCAAGUGGAGUUUGAUGCUAAAGUUUGUGGAAAAAUACAAAAUUAUGAAGCAUGAAUUUUUUAUCAGUGGAAUAUUUGGGGCGACCAGCAUCAUGUUGCACAGAAAGGAAUCAAAUUUGACUCUGUAGGGGAUGCAUUAAACUGCUUAAUGCAUACUGUACCACUUACUGUUUUUACUUAUAAUCUAUAGAGAAUUCCUUAGCAAGGUUAAUGUUCUAGGAACAUUCUGAAAAUGGAAAAAGCUGUUUUGGGAUUGUACCUGCUAAAAUAUCAAAUUCAGCUUCGAGUAGCAGAUGAAGCCAUGAAUCAAUCUUCUGUGGUCACAGAGGUAAACAGUGUUGGUUUUGCAUUGAUCUUCCCAGCCACUCUUAUUUAAACACAUGCAACAGAAACAUUUGUAGCAUCAUCUUCCAAAACAAAAAGCAGUACUAUGCUCACUUAAUUGCAUACCAUUGUCUCUAAGAUACAAGAUUAACAAUUUCAAUAGUCUCAUGGGAAAGAAAUGAAUUCUGAUGUAAAGUUUUUUAAGAACCAAAUUGUAUUUUCCUCCCGUCUUGUCACCUGCCAUUGUGUAAGUUUUUCCUUGAAAUUUUUAGCAACUUUAGCUCUUAAGUCAUAUUAGCAUAAAUUUUACUUUAAUGAAAAAUCAUGUUUACUUCACCACUAGAAAAUCUGCCUGAUAACUAAUAAUGCACUAUCUUUCCCCUCAUUGGUGUCUUUUUGGAAAAAAGGAAAACAUUUUUAAUGAGAUUAUAUGGAAACAUGUUGGAAUUUUUAGCCAUGGAAUAAUAUAUGUAAAGAAGAAUUUUCUGCAAUAAAAGAAAUUCUUUUCCUUUUCUCACAAUAUCAAUAGGAUAAAAUAGCCAUAAAAAUUAGCACUUUCCUGAGGCCUAAAAGAAAUUUAAUGGGAGUCUAGGUUUAACUUCUCAGGAUUUUGUUUGUUUUUUCAUUUGGCUUUUGUUAUUAAGAAUCAGGAGAGAUUUAUGUAUCUGUGAAGUGGAGUGUGUGCUGCAGACAGCAUUCUGUGGUUUGCUGUGUAUGGUGACCAGGGAAUCCAUUUAGCAGGAGACCAGGCUUCCAAAAGGACAGUUUUGGGAACUGAUGCAGAGUGGUUGGCAAAAAUGAGUCAGUCCACAUCUAUCUAUAUGGGUUGUCUUACACUGUAAACUAUUAGUCAAGGUCUUCCUGUAUUCUCUUCAGAGCAGCAUUUAGUUAGUAGUCUUGGGUGAUGUUCGAUACAUUGCUGAAAACCUAUAGACUGGAUAUUCUUAUAACUCACCCUUUAUUUCUACCUCUGACUUAGAUGUGUUCUUCUUGGAGCUUUCAGGGGUUAAAUUAUCUCUUCCAAAUCUAUUUUAUAAAUGGGGAAGUUAAAGCACAAACUUCUGUUAGCUGUCACUUAGUUUCAUCAGUGAGGCCUGAAGGCAGGAUUACCAGGACUUUGUUACUUCUACAGAGCCAGUCUAGAUGACAUUGUAUUGUAUCUAUUUCUAGCUUGGGAAACAUUUCUGUUUCUUGAUUGGAUACUGAAACACUCUCAAGUCUUUAUUUUCUCUAUGAAAUAGUGAAAACACUCACCUCAGGGUCAUCUGGGGAUUACAGGGAUUGAGGAAAGAGAAGCACCUACCAGCCUUACCAGCAGUAGAUGUUCAAUGUGCGUUUCUUUCUCUUUCCCCUGCUCCCCAAAUAUGUUUAGCAGACUGACCACAUUAAAGGAUCAGAUGCAUUUGUGGUUUUCGCAGCUCCUUUUAGGAGCUAAGCAUUGGUUACACUGAUUUGGUUUGUGGCUUCAGUAUUUUUUGGUGUUAAGUCACUUGAACUUUGGUUUGGCGCCUUCAGUGAUAGUUUUCUUCUACAAGGUGAACUACACCAAAUAUUUCUUAAGCAUGCCAACACUGAAGCUUUGGUCUGAGUAUCUUACCCAACACUCUUAGCCUUAGACCCCUGGGAUUCUGUCUUUCUUCCCAAUAAGGUACAUGUGGAUUUCUUGUUGGCAGUACAUUGAUUCAUUCAUUUAAUUUAACGGUGGCCUUUUGUGCAUCCAGGCAAUGUUAUAGACUAAGGAUAUAGGCGUGAACAAAAGAACAAAUUCAUACCCUCAUGGAGCUUAUAUUCUAGUGAACAAUAAAAAGGAGAAUGGUUAUGCUUUUCUCCUCCUUGCACUUAAGACAGGGCCGUCAGCCAUUUUGGUCAGUGGGUUGUGAAUAGAAUCCUCACUUAUGGGCUGAAACUGGUGCUCUCCUUUCUUGCUCCAAUCAUGGAAGCACAUACAGAGACAGGAACCAUGAGAUGAAACUAGACUAGAAUGCUGAGUUCUUCACAUGGCAGGUCAGCUCUUCUUGUUAGCCUGCUAGGCCUAUAAGGGACAUUUGGACUGUGUGGGAGCAAGAAAUAAACUUUUGUGUUUAACCACUGGGA